CUUUCUUCUGCAAACCUACUUUCGGUUUCACUUUAACAGUCACCUCCAACAUGCAUUCAUUGAGGAUUUUGAAAACUUUAACACACUGCAGUGUUUCAAAGACAGUGUUUAUAUCUGGAAGGCUAUUAUGUGUUGACAUUUUAAAUUGUAAAAGAAAUAUUUUGAAAUGUUAUUCAACCCAAAAUAAAGAGAAAUCAAGCAAAGAAAAUUCAGAGAAAAGUACCGGUACCGAGUUGGACGUCAAAAGAAAAAGUCCAUAUGAAGGCUUAUCAGUAGGACAGAAAGUUGUUGAGGCAGGGAAAGAUUUGACAUAUAUAGGAGUUAUCCUUCUUGGAGCUGGUGUAAUUGGCUAUGUCUUCUAUAACUUGUACCAGGAGCUGUGUGGUACAGAUGGGGCAACAAGUGUAUACAACGCUGCAGCAGACAUCUGCAUCAAAGAUGACAGGGUGAUAAAUGCUAUGGGAGAGCCUAUCAAGGUAUUUGGAAUGACGGACAGAAGAGGCAGAAGAAAGCAUGUUAGCCAUGAAGAGUUUAUGGUGAAUGGUGUCAAGCAUAUGCGAAUGAAUUUUUAUAUCCAGAGUCCCCACAAAGUAGGGACAGUGUAUGCUGAAAUAAAACAGGAGCCAGACAAGGAAAGUGAAUAUGUAUACCUUAUUGUAGAACUGAAGGGAUUCCCCAGCAAAACUAUUGUCAUAGUGGACAAGAGAUGAUUCUGAAAGAUUUGGAAUCCAUAGAACUUAUUUAGAGAAAUGCAAUUUCUUAUUGUAUUCUGUAAAUAUCAUAAAUGACUAGGCUUAGUGAAAGGAAAAAUGACCUGUUAAUUGAGUUGUUAAUGCCACCUGCAAAAGUUAAUUUAAACAUUUAGAUUGAAGAAAUACGCUCUUCAGGAGGUUUAAAAAUUGCAUAUCACAUAAAACUUUGAUUGUAUGGUGUACAUUUAUAAUUUAUAUACUACAUGUAUCCUGUGCUGAAAAGAUGCAAUAGCAUAAAAUCGUAACAGAUCCA